CGUAAGAACACGCAAAUAAGUCCGGAAAAGAUUUCAUGUUCUCAUUGAGGUUUUUCUACACGAUAGGUUUGCUCAGUUUGAAAAGAAGAAGAAGUGCUUAGUUCAGAAGCACGUAACAAACAAUAACUGCGUUAAUUGCGUUAAAAAUUACGAUGGGUAUCAAAUCUUAUGAGGUCAAUAUGGUUCCUACAGAAUUGGAGUUUUCUGUUUUCACUAAAGACGAAAUUGAACGUCUUAGCGUAGUUAAAAUCGUCAGGGGCUUAAGUUUUGACAUUUUCGGCCAUUCAUUGCCUGGUGGUUUGCAUGAUGCAAAGAUGGGAGCACAUGGUAAACAAAUGCGACCUUGCGUUACAUGUCGCCGCAUGCAAGCAUGUCCUGGACAUCUAGGACAUAUUGAGCUUAAUGCUCUUGUCUACAACCCAUUUUUUUCAAAAUUGGUUCAGAAGAUAUGUAACAUAUUUUGUAUGCAUUGUUACAAAAUACAAAUUCAAGGUCACGAGUUGGAACUUCUCAAACUCCAGCUGCAACUCAUAGACGUUGGUUGUAUUGUAGAAGGCCAAGAAAUAGAGAAUUUUAAAGCAAAAAGUUUUCUUGAAAAUAAACUCACACAAGUCAAAUUAGAAGACGGCAGUCAUGUUCAUUCCCGUUUACUUGAACUACGCAAACUUUUAGGCGAACGACAACGCAGUCUAAAUAAUGUGACAAAAACGUCCUGUGCUCUGCGUUCAGCAAUCAUUCAUGCUACUGUUCAAGUUCCUACGUCUAAACGAUGCAUUCAUUGCAAACAAACUUUACGUAAAGUGCGCUAUUUACACCGCAAACUUGUUUGUUACAUCAAUGUUGCUGAAAUUAAAGCAAAAUUUCCAGACAUCCAAGAAACAUGUGGCCAGUAUAAGAUGAUUUUUGCUGAUGAGAUGCGCAAAUACUUACGCCAAAUAUAUUCAAAUUACAGUGAAAUUUUGGAACUUUUUUUUCCGGUCUUAAAGUUGGUUAAUAAAUCUAGAGCUGCAGAACAUUGUCCUACAGACGUAUUUUUCUUAGAUACUGUUUUAGUCACACCUCCCCAAGCUCGUCCGUUUUAUGUGUUGUUUAAUCAAAUUGUGGAACAUUCACAAACAUCGGUUUAUCGAAGUAUUAUCGAAAAUAAUUCUGUCCUCAGAGUAAUUGUGAACCACAUAAAGUGCCCAAUGGAAACCUUUUCAGAAGAAUCUCGGGAAGUGUAUUCCAUGGCGAGAGGUAAGACAUCUUUUGAAAAGCUGUACAAUGCUUGGCAAGCAUUGCAAACUUCCAUCGAUGUUCUUCUGGAUGCAAGCAUAUCCCGAGAAGCUCCUCCAUCAGCGGGUUUAAAACAAGUUUUGGAGAAAAAAAAUGGUCUUAUUCGCAAGCACAUGAUGGGGAAACGUGUCAACUUUGCUGCCCGGACCGUCAUUACUCCUGAUCCUAAUAUAAAUGUGGAGGAAGUGGGCGUUCCGGAUAUAUUUGCUAAGAAGCUAUCCUAUCCCGCAAAAGUAACACAUUGGAACGUAGCUGAAUUAAGAAAGAUGGUGAUAAACGGCCCAAAUAUUCAUCCCGGAGCAAACUUUAUAGAAGACGAAAAAGGUUAUACAACAUUGAUUCCAGCUGACAAUAAUACCAAACGAGAAAGCAUGGCCAAAAUGUUGUUUAACUAUCCCGAAAAGGGCGUGAAAAUUGUACAUCGUCAUGUUUUGAAUGGUGAUAUUUUGUUGCUGAAUCGUCAACCUACUUUGCAUAGGCCUUCUAUUAUGGCGCAUAGGGCACGUAUUUUAAAAGAAGAAAAAACUUUUCGAUUGCAUUAUUCGAACUGUAAAGCUUACAAUGCUGAUUUUGACGGCGACGAAAUGAAUGCUCAUCUACCUCAAAAUGAAGUAGCGCGUUCUGAGGCGUAUAAUUUAGUAAAUGUGGCCAAUAAUUACCUGGUUCCUAAAGACGGCACACCAUUAGGUGGUCUUAUUCAAGAUCACAUUAUUGCUGGGGUAAAACUAUCAAUGCGUGGCCGUUUUUUUAAUCGCGAAGAUUAUCAACAAUUGGUCUUUCAAGGUUUGGUUCAUUUAAAAAACGACAUUAAACUAUUACCACCUGCUAUUGUUAAACCUAUUCAGUUAUGGUCAGGAAAACAGGUUUUAUCCACAAUCAUAAUCAAUAUGACCCCCGACGGUUAUGAUGCCAUUAGCUUGGAAAGUAUUGCUAAAAUAAGUUCGAAGCACUGGAAGUCGAAAUUCACCGGCAAAACUUUAACACCCGGUGACUUGAUGUCUGAAAGCGAAGUUAUAAUACGCAAUGGUGAACUUUUAAUUGGCGUGUUCGAUAAACAGCAGUAUGGAGCUACUUCUUUUGGCCUAAUUCAUUGCAUGUUUGAGCUGUAUGGUGGCAGGAUUUCAACAAAGGUUCUUACUGCUUUGGCCAAAUUAUUAACAGCUUUUCUGCAACGCGAAGGAUUUUCUUUGGGAGUUAAAGAUAUAUUGGUAACUAAUGAAGCUGAUAAUUUAAGACGUGAAAUUAUUCAAGAAAGCCGAUUUAUUGGUAAUAAAGCGCUAACGAAGGCUUUAGAUUUGAAAGAUGUGCCUCCUCACGAUGUUCUUUCGCAAAAAAUGGAAGAAGCCAUUUUGAAAGAUUCUAAGUUCCGUGUCGUGAUCGAUCGGAAAUACAAAGGACUAUUAGAUAAUUAUUCCAAUGAUAUAAAUAAAACUUGUCUGCCAAACGGACUACUAACAAAAUUUCCCGAUAACAACCUCCAAGUAAUGGUUUUGUCUGGAGCUAAAGGAUCCAUGGUAAACACAAUGCAAAUUUCUUGCUUAUUGGGUCAAAUCGAAUUAGAAGGGAAACGACCUCCUUCGAUGAUAUCUGGCAAAUCGUUACCAAGUUUUGCUGUUUUCGAAACUUCUCCAAAAUCUGGAGGCUUUGUCGACGGCCGGUUUAUGACCGGUAUACAGCCACAAGAUUUCUUCUUUCAUUGUAUGGCAGGCCGAGAAGGUCUAAUCGACACGGCUGUAAAAACUUCACGUUCGGGUUACCUUCAAAGAUGUCUUAUAAAACACUUAGAAGGAUUGAAUGUCCAUUAUGAUUUAACGGUGCGGGAUAGCGACAACACCGUCAUACAAUACCUCUAUGGAGAAGACGGCUUAGAUAUCUUAAAAUCAAAGUUCAUCAAUAGUAAGGUUGGACUACAAUUUUUAUUUGCAAAUGCCGGAGCGGUAUUGCAAGCUAAAGAAGUAAUCAAUCUUAAAGAUGAGGAUUCUAUUAAUAAAAUACAGCAUCACAAUAAAACACACCAGUCAUGGUUGAAAAAAUGGGAUAAAAUAUCUGGAAUACCUCUAACAGUUCAUGUUAAAAAUUUAUCUGCUUUUACAAAAUUUUCUGCUGAAUUGAGAUAUGAGCUAGAAACUGAUAACGGUAAAGAAGUAAAUCCAAAAACUGGCAGACGUCGCUUGGAUGAAGCUAUAAUUAAAUUAUGGAACGACGCAGACAGCAACAUAAGUGCAAUUAAAGAGCUAUACAAACGAAAAUAUGUUCGCCGGCCCGAUCCUACGAAUAAUUUAUAUCGGCAAGAUCUGUAUUAUAGUGCUGUUUCGGAAAAACUGGAGGGCUUAUUUAGGGAAUUUAGUGAAAAAAAUCCUGAUCGUAAAGGGAUCAUAAAUGAAAUUAUAUGUAUUAAGAAUAUGGAGUCUUUGGCAAAUCCAGGAGAACCUGUAGGAUUGCUUGCCGCACAAUCAGUUGGUGAACCAUCUACCCAAAUGACAUUAAACACGUUUCAUUUUGCUGGUCGCGGGGAAAUGAAUGUAACUCUUGGAAUACCCCGCUUACGUGAAAUUUUAAUGAUGGCAACAAAAAAUAUCAAAACACCUUCAAUGGACAUACCAAUUAAAUGUGGACAAGAAAAGUCUGCGGAAAAUUUGCGCAUUUCUUUACAUAAAAUUAAAUUAGCUGAUGUUUUACAGUAUGUCCAGAUCAAAACGCAUUUCAUCUUGAAACCAGAACGUUUCCGAAAAUAUGAACUGAUGUUUCAACUUUUGCCACAUAAAAAUUGUAAUGACGGUCUUUGUGUUGAACCAAAGCAAAUCUUGAAAUUUAUUAAUGAAAGUUUUCUUCCCAUGCUCUUCAGAGCAAUAAUCAAAUCAACGAAAUUUAAAGCCUCUUUAGUCGACGCUGUUAAAAAAGAUUCCGAUGACAAGGAUAACAAAACUAGACAUGCAGAUGAUGAAACUGUUGAAGAUGCAAUGAAUUAUCUUUCAAAUAUUUGGGAACCUGGAACGAAUAACAUUGGUUUUUCAGAUGAAGAGCAAUCUGGUGAAAUGGAUGCCACAGCGUUCAAACUAAAAGCUCGCCAGUUAGAUGAAAAUGAGUAUGAUGAAUCCGAUCGACCUGAACAGCUUUAUGAAUCUGGUGAUGAGGAAAGAAAUGACGGUUAUCUUUUUGAUGCGAAUCAGAAGAAUGGACAACAUCAUAUCGAAAGCGAGCAGGAUGUAAUGGAGGAGAAUAUUCUAAAAAACAAUAUGGUGGAAACCUAUACUUACGACAAACAACGGUAUUUAUGGGCUAAGAUAACGUUUAAAGUGGAUGUUAAACACAAACAAGUUAAUAUACCUGAUAUAACUACCGACUUGAUAAGUAAGACAGUUAUUCAUCAACUUGAUGACAUUAAUAGGGCUAUUAUAUAUACUGGAGAUGAAGGAGAACAAGUUCUGAAAACGGAUGGUGUUAACAUUGCGGGGAUGUUUAAUCACAGUAACAUUCUGGAAAUUAAUCGCAUUUAUUCCAACGAUAUUCAUGCCAUGGCAAAAACUUACGGCAUUGAAGCUGCUGUACAAGUUAUAAUACAGGAAGUAUUUAAUAUUUUUAAAGUUUAUGGUAUAACUAUUGAUCGCCGACACUUGUCGCUCAUUGCCGACUAUAUGACUUUUGACGGCACAUUCCAGCCGUUAUCACGAAAAGGAAUGGAACAUUCCUCAUCACCCCUUCAACAAAUGUCUUUUGAAUCAUCGAUGCAGUUCUUGAAAUGUGCUGCCGGAGCAGGUUGGUCUGAUAAGCUAAAUUCACCAUCAAGUCGUUUGUCGGUAGGCUUACCCGUACAGAAUGGCACCGGAGCCUUUCAUUUAUUAACAAAUAUUCUCUAAUAUAUUAAAUAAAUGCAUGUAAAAAAAUUAUUUUAUUCCGGAUGCAUUAUUACUUUUAG